AUGUCAACAACAGAGAACACAACAACAGUUAUAGUCCAUGAAGCUAUAAAUGAAGAAUACGAGUACAUACAGUUUAACAAACAACUCCGUCUCAUUCGUUCGGUCAAAGACGAUAUGUACCAAAUGCAAAGUAUUUUGACAGCAUGUUUUGCUCCAGAUACUAAGAAACCACAAGACUGGUUUAGGAACCAAAGCACACAAGAACUUUUGAGCGAAGCACAGCGAGACAUACUUUUUUCUGAAAACAGUGAAGAACAGCGAGUAAGUAAAAAACCGCAGUCGCCAAAACUCUAUGAAAAUCGUGAAAAAUUGCCAAACGGUUUGAGAGGAUAUUAUGUACAUAGACUUCUUGUAAAUGCUGUUGCAAUGUGGGCUUCGCCUCGUUAUGCUUGGUAUAUUUACAGACUUCUUGACGAAAUUCAUAGACAAGAACGUGAAGAGAUGGAAAACAAGCUUGAAGCAAAAGACAAAAGCAUUCAGAAAAGAAUACCACGUUCGGUACCAAAAGGAAAGGAAAAGAACUAUAAGUAUAUGAUUUAUACUGAAGAGUUGGAAAAUGAAGAAGAUAAAGAUAUGGUUAUGUUGCAUUUAGUCAGAAGAAACAACAAAAGCUUUUACGACCUUGCUAAGAUUUACAAAUCUGACAGAAAUUGGUUCUAUCGCGAAAACUUACCGAUUUCAAUGACCCCAAAUGAAGAUGUGAAACAAAUAGUUCAAGAUACGUUACCUCAAACACACUAUGAUAUGAAAGGUUGUACAAUACUUACCUUCAAAGAAGACUUACCGCUACUGAAGGAAAAAAUAACAGAGUAUUUUGACAACUUCAAACAAGUAGGGUAG